ACAACACCUAGCACACACACAAACACCUAGUACACACACAAACACACGUAGCACACACACAAACACACGUAGCAGACAAGCACAUUCCUAACACACACAUACGCAUAUUGGCUUCAACACUGACACGCUGAGAACACACGUCACCCCUGACCUCUGAACCCUUUAUCCUGCCCCUGCUGCGCCCCCUCCCACUUCGGGGCUCCUGCCCUUUCGGUUCUGUCUUGGCCUUGGAGGAGGAGGAGGAGAAGGAGGAGGAGGAGUUGGGCCGUUCUCUCCUCCCCUCUCCAGUGUGCUGAGAGACUGGGGAUCACCAGAGGAUUCCUCCAAGGAUGGACGGUAGGGGUCUGCCUCAAGGAGCAGAGCCAGUCGUUCUUGUGUCCUUCCAGAUCAGGGUCUUGGAGGAGGUUGUCUGUUUAUAGACACCGGUUGAAGUGUGGGACCUGCACACACACACACACACACACACACACACACACACACACACACACCGUCCUUCACUAGAUCGAUCCUCACAACCUCAAGAUGCGGCGAUUUGACAAGCUUAAAAAGUCUUUCCUGGCACACUUCCACAUCUACAGAAAGCUGGGCGGCAGCAUGCAGUGCGAGGAAGGCUCUGAUUGGCUGCUGGAGCUGCUGAUGGAGGUCCAGCUGCAGCAGUACUUCCUGCGUGUGCGUGACGACCUCAACGUUACGCGGCUCUCGCAUUUCGACUACGUGAAGAACGAGGACAUGGAGAAGAUCGGGAUGGGGCGGCCCGGACAGAGACGUCUGUGGGAAGCCGUGAAGCGCAGGAAAGCCAUGUGCAAGCGCAGGUCCUGGAUGAGCAAGGUGUUCAGUGUGAAGCGGCUGGACGGUGGAGACUUCCCCCACCAGGGCCAGCCGGCCUCCUCCUUCCGGAAGCUUCCCCCCCCCGGGGAGGGGGUGCUACCCCUGCUGGGUGGUCCGGUGGGCGGGGGGUCGGGGCAGCAGCCGGUCCUGAGCUGCCUGAUCUCGGACCAGGACCUGACGCUGUACGAGAAGCUGGGCGACGGCUCCUUUGGCGUGGUGAAGAGGGCAGAGUGGCGCACGCCCGCUGGCAAGCUGAGCGUGGCGGUGAAGUGUCUGAAGACGGACGCGCUGACGCAGCCCGACGCACUGGACGACUUCAUCUGCGAGGUCAACGCCAUGCACUGCCUGGACCACCAGAACCUGGUCCGCCUGUACGGGGUGGUCCUCACACAACCCAUGAAGAUGGUGACGGAGCUGGCCCCCCUGGGCUCCCUGCUGGAGCGUCUGCGGUGUGUGCGUUCCCAGGGCGCCGUGCUGGUCCACACCCUGUGCCAGUAUGCAGUGCAGGUGACAUGCGGCAUGGCCUACCUGGAGCAGAGGCGCUUCAUCCACCGGGACCUGGCAGCCAGGAACAUCCUGCUGGCGUCGGCCCACCUUGUGAAGAUCGGAGACUUCGGUCUGAUGCGGGUGCUGCCCACCGACCAUGAGCAUUACGUCAUGCAGGAGCACCGCAAGGUGCCAUUCGCCUGGUGUGCCCCAGAGAGCCUGAAGACCAGGACCUUCUCCCAUGCUACUGACACCUGGAUGUUUGGGGUCACCCUGUGGGAGAUGUUCACCCACGGACAGGAGCCCUGGCUUGGGCUCAACGGCAGCCAGAUCCUCCACAAGGUGGACAAGGAGGGCGAGCGCCUUCCCCGGCCAGAAGACUGUCCACCGGAUAUCUACCAGGUCAUGAGGCGGUGCUGGGCCCAGACGCCUGAAGACAGGCCCAGCUUCCUGGCCCUCAGGGAGUUCCUGCAGGAGAGCAUGCCAACAGACAUGUCCGCCCUCCAUGACUUUGAAGAGCAGGACAAGCUGCUGAUUCAAAUCGAUGAUGUCAUCACCGUCAUCGAAGGCAGGGCGGAGAACUUCUGGUGGCGGGGACAGAACCAGAGGACCCUGAAGCUGGGCCUGUUCCCGAGGCACGUGGUGACGGCGGUGUCCGGCCUGUCGGCCCGGGACAUCAGCCGCCCGCUGAAGAACAGCUUCAUCCACACGGGCCACGGCGACCACGACCCCCGUCGCGGCUGGGGCUUCCCCGACCGCAUCGACGAUUUGUAUCUUGGUAACCCCAUGGAUCCUCCUGAUACUCUUCUGGGUGUAGAGUUGCCCUCUCCCCGGCCCGCCCAGCUCCCCGGUCGGGCUAAAACGGACCCCCCGCCGCGGCCUCCCCAGCCCACAGGGUUUCCAAGCAAGCCGUGCUACGACUCCGUCGCCGAGGAUGAGGAUGCACCGCUGGGACGCACAGGGCGACUGUUGCUACGGAAACCGGCUUCCAUCAUGGGGCUCAAGCUCAAGCCGGCCGCCUGGGUCUUGGCCACCAGGCACACGUCGGGGGGGCGGGGCUCCGGCCCGGGCCACGCCCCUCACAGCGAGGUGUCGCUCAUUGACUUCGGGGAGGAGUUCUCUUCACCUUCCCCUGUCACGGAGAUCCCCGUCCCCUCAUUGGCCAAGCUGGCGUUGGACGUGGACCACCUGCUGGACCAGACCCCCCCCCAGGGCCCUUCCGGGCCCUUGCAGCGGCUCCUCCACCCCACGCCGUUGGUGGACUGGAACGCCCGACCGCUACCCCCGCCCCCUGAGUACGACCGCGUGGCGCAGGACGAGGACAUUGAGGUGAGCUCCUUCACCAGCGUGGAGCAGCAGUAUGCAGAGCCCCCGAGGGACGGCACUCCUCCCCGUGGGUCGGUGGAGGGGGAGACCCUCUGCCCCCCGGGCCAGAGACCCACCCUGGACAACAGCCUAUUCACUCCCUGCGUCAAUGCCCUGCCCCUCCCCCCGCCACCUGCCCCUUCCUCCUCCUCCGUGGCGGCGUCCCUCUUCCAGGAGCUCCAGCAGGAGGUCAUGAGGAGGCUCAGCGCCCCCCCCCCGGGAGCAGGGGGAGGAGCCUCUCCCUCCCGGACGCCGCUGGCUUCGUCUCAGGAGCCGGUCGAGACGCACAAGGUGGUGCCGUCGUUCACCGAGGACAGACCCCAGAUACCGCCCCGCGUCCCCAUCCCCCCGCGGCCGCUGAAGAGGGGCGACUACACGCCCUUCCGCUGGUCGGCUGACCACUCCCUGUCGCCGCCCCCCACCACCGCCUCAGUGGAGGACCUCUCAGGCCCGGAGACCAGGGGCAUACCGCCUCAGAUCCCCCCAAGGGAUCCUCUGUCACCGCCCGGCUCCAGGACCCCAAGCCCCAUGGGCCUGGGGCUGGGCUCCCCCCACCAAAGAGCCUUCUCAACCAGCCCCGGCACCCAGUCGGCUCCCAUCGCCUCCCCCUGCUCCUACCUCACAAGCUCCCUAGGGAAACUCAUGCCAACUACACACAGCUUCGCCUCAGACCCCAAGUAUACCGCGCCCAAGGUGAUCCAUGCCCAGCCGUACCCAAAGGACCCGGCCAGUAAGGGUCCCUGCAUCCUCCCCAUCGUCCGCGACGGCCUCAAGGUCAGCAGCACCCAUUACUACCUCCUGCCCGACCGGCCUCCGUACCUCGACCGCUACGACCGCUUCUUCCGGGAGGCCGAGAGUCUGUCCACCCACACCCCCCCUGGCGGUGGGGUCGCGGAGGACAGGCAGGCGCGUCAGGCGAACACGGCCACCGUCAGACCCAUGGUGGUCAGCAGCCAGACCCUCGUCCAGGGUCUGGGCCAGGGCCAAGGUCUGGGCCAGAGCCAGACCCUCGUCCAGGGUCUGGGCCAGGGCCAAGGUCUGGGCCAGGGUCAGGGCCUUGGCCAGGGUCUGGGCCAGGGCCAAGGUCUGGGCCUGGGCCAGGAUCUGGGCCAGGGUCUGGGUCAGGGCCUUGGCCAGGGUCAGGGUCAGGGUCAGGGCCAGGGUCAGGGUCAGGGUCAGGGCCAGCUUGGUGACCUCAAGGCUAACUCCUCCUCCAACAACAACAGCAGCCUGGGCGGGGUCCAGGGUCCGGGGCUGAGGACCUCGUUGAGUCUGCCCAGGGUCUGUUCAGAAGGUUCUGAAGCCCCGGGAGCUCCCGAGGCUGAGACGAGCAGGGCUGAGACGGUCCACAUGGUGCAGCAGGCUGUGCACGGAGUGACCGUGGAGGAAUGCCAGACGGCCCUCCAGAACCAAGGCUGGAGCGUUCUCCAAGCCGUGCACUAUCUCAAGGUGGAGCAGUUGUUCUGCCUGGGUGUGGGGACCAGGGCAGAGUGCCUGAAGCUGCUGGAGGUCUGUGAGUGGAACCUGGAGCUGGCCAGCACCCAGCUGCUGGACAGCUGGGGCUCCACCAGCAGACAGAGGCGGUGAUGGAUAUCUGCUCACUUCCGCUCCUCUAGUAGGAUAUCAGCUUGUUACCGUGGACACAGGGUCGGUCUGUGGGCUCCUCCCAUGUUUGACUCCGGGUUUGAAGCCUUAUCAUGGGGGAGGAAUGGACAGAAAUUGAGAAUCGCCUCAGCCCAAUUCAAUUUACUCUGCACAAAAUGAUGAGGACACCUGAUAAAUAAAAACGCUAACAGAAAGGAAACAUCCACAACUGAAAGACAUAUAUAAAUCAUAUUCAUAUUGAUGUCUAUUCUCGCCCUAGUAAUGACCUUUGAGCUGCACUAAGAGGUUUAAUAUAAUAUAUAUAUAUAUAUAUAUAUAUAUAUAUAUAUAUAUAUAUAAUUUGUUUUUAAAAAAUAAGAAGGAAGAGGGGAAGUGAUGGAGGUGAUUUCUGAUACUGUCUAUUGAGUGACGUUGACCACGCAAGAAAAGCAUCAGCCCCACGUUGCUAUAACGUGAUCCAGGUUGUUAUGGUGAUCUCCAAAACGAUAUUCUCACUGCCAGACUAACACUUUUGAACAACCAGGUCAAAGUACUCAUGGUUGAUCAUAGAGAUGCAAGAUCUAGGAUUUAUCCUCCUUCUUAGUUAUUUUUAUAUAAUUGUUUUCACCAGCCCACAAUAAUCUUUCCCACAGUUAGUUCCACUCUCUGUUGUUUUGUGUUGUGUUCCUUCUUCAAAAGGCAGCCUUUUUGUUUCCUCCAGUAAAGCAUCAUCGAACAGUACAGCACUGUGCAGAAGGUUCCUUCCUGUAUUCUUUUUUUUGCCUCAGAGUCGACACUGACUCCUAUACGCAGAGUCCUUCAGAGGAAAAAGCCCCCAGGAAGCUAACUUGUUUAUUUCUGCGAUUCUGCACCCUAAUGCACAGGCCUGAUGGAUAUUAAGCCCCCUUAAAAGCAUGACAUUGCUGUUUGUCUGCCGUCUUAGCGGAGGAGAUGAUCCAGUUUGGGGACGUCAGCUCUGAGCUGCGGGGGUUUUAUUUUAUUUGUAUAACUUCCUGGUUGUUUUGCCUGCGAUACUUUUAGAAAAGAGUCAUGAAUCAUGGAAAUAAUGACAUGCAUCUGUCUGUCACAACAUCAAUGGACCCCUCACCACAGACACAGACACACACACAUACACCCCCACACACACAUACACACACACACAUACACGCACGCACACAAAGAAACCUAGACAUCUCCAAAUGAAAAGGUAGUCAAAAGACAUUGCGUAGCUUUCAGCGUCUGGAGUUGAGCCCGUCCCAGGACCAGAGAAGGCAGAGACCACCGGUCAUGUCUCAUUGUUAUCUGUUGGCAAACCAGAGAGAGAGAGAGAUUGUUUUUAAAAUGGAUAUGUUGUCUCUUACACUCUUACCAAGAUUGUGGUAUCUUUAAGAAUGACCAAGUGGUAAAGAUCAUCCUGUUCAUGGGGUUACCGGGGAGCUGUUUGUUAUUUCUCUAUUCAACAUGGCUGCUAGACCGAACCAGCAAACCUCAACCCUAGUUCACCCGUCAACUUCGGCUAAAGCUGUAAUGGUUGUUGUCCGUCAUCACGGAGCAGCGGACUGGCGAAGUUCUUCUGUCUGGGUCAUCUUGUUCUCCCUGUUCAUAACGGAGACAGAGACCCUCUCUGUGUAGGCCGCAUGAUUCCAGUGAAAAGCUGAUCAGGAUGUUAGUCAGGAACAGGAGGGACAGCUCGGCCUCCCCACUUUGUCCUUCCUUAAUUCUUCAUACCCCAGCUGCUGUUUUUAAGGUAUUUAAGACGCCAUAGAAGAGGUCCUUUUUCGAUCAGCUCUCAAAAAUAGUGUUGAUUGUUUUUUAUGAUUCUGUUUUUGAUGUGAAGUCUUGUUGAGUACCAUGUCUUUGUGUUAACCUCCCGUCUCUCCAUGAUGUUCUGGUUUUUCAGUUUUACCGUUGUUGUGUUUCUGCGCUGGUCUUCCCCAGAGGACCUUGAUAAGGAUUUCUGUUUUAUUUUAAAAAAGAAAAUAUAUUUUGUACCAACCUUUUUGUCCUUUAUUUGUUCUCUUUUCCUUGUGUUUCUGGGCAACAAGUUCAAGCUGCCGAAUAUAUAAAUGUAUUUUUUAAUUAAAGAAAGAAAAA